AUGACUGGCUAUUGCAAUGUCAUUAGAAAGAUGGAGAAGCACUUUGAGGGGUUGGAGCUCCAUCACGUGCCAUGGCUCAAGAACCAAGCAGCUGAAGAUCUGGCCAAGAUGGGUACCACUCGGAAGAUAGUGCCCAAGAAUGUGUUCUUAGAGCACUUACACUCGCCCACGAUGAAGGAAGACCCUUUCCUGGAAGAGCCCCCGCAACCAAUCGAUCCCUCCAAUCCAACUGAAGUGGACAUCCCUGCGGUAAUCGACCUGGUCCAAGAGAUCCUUGUUAUCACUCCCGAGUGGAUUGAACCAUAUCUACCGUACCUACUCAGGCAGGAGCUCCCAGAAGAUAAAGCCGAGGCCCGUCAGAUCGUCCGUCGAUCUAAAGCCUUCACUGUCAUGGGAGAUCAGUUGCACAAGAAAAGUACUACAGGGGUCACUCAGCGAUGCAUAUCACCGGAGGAAGGGCAGCAAAUACUGCAAGAUAUUCACUCUGGAAUAUGUGGGCACCAUGCAUCCUCAUGGACACUGGUUGCCAAAGAGUUCAGAGCAGGAUUCUAUUGGCCCCGCGCCAACAAGGGUGCCCGAGAUAUAUCAGUGCGUUGGGUGCCAAUUCUAUGUGAAUCAGUCGCACAGCCGGCGUCCGGUCUAAAGACUAUUCCCCUCACCUGGCUGUUUGCCGUCUGGGGGCUCAAUGUGGUCAGACCACUCUAG